AUGAAUUACUCUCAGUUCAUCACCACUGUGAGUGCAGCAAGAAGAGCAUCUCCAAUAAGACUUCUAACUGAACUGAUGCAGAAGUCUCCUCCAUCCCUCAUCUCUCUGGCUGGAGGGGCACCAAACCCUAAUGUUUUUCCAUUUAAGAAGGCUACUGUUGUCAUUGGAGAUGGAGCUCCUGUUGAGAUUGGGGAAGACCUGAUGAAGAGAGCUCUCCAGUACUCAGCCUCAGCAGGUGUGCCAGAGCUGCUGUCUUGGUUAAAGGAUUUCCAGCGGAAUCUGCAUAAUCCACCCACAGCCAACUACACUCCUGAGCAAGGACAGAUGGCAGUGUGUGUCACAACUGGCAGCCAGGAAGGCUUGUGUAAAGUGUUUGAAAUGCUCAUUAAUCCUGGGGACAACAUCCUUUUGGAUGCACCUACCUACUCUGGGACACUAGCAGCUCUGAGGCCUUUGGGUUGUAAUAUAAUUAACAUCCCUAGUGACCAACACGGCAUUAUUCCAAAAGCUUUAAAAGAAAUCCUGUCUACUUGGAGCUCAGAAGAUGCAAAAAGUCGUAGCCACCACCUCCCCAAAUUCCUGUACACUAUUCCAAAUGGGUGCAACCCCACUGGAAACUCUCUGACCACAGAGCGCAAGAAGGAGAUUUACCAGCUUGCAAGAAAAUAUGAUUUCCUCAUAAUAGAAGAUGACCCUUACUACUUCCUUCAGUUUGAAAAGCCAUGGGCUCCAACUUUCCUCUCAAUGGAUGUGGAUGGCCGAGUUAUCAGGACUGACUCUUUCUCUAAAAUUCUCUCAUCUGGGUUAAGAAUAGGUUUCCUCACAGGUCCCAAGCCCCUCAUCGACAGAGUUAUUCUACACAUUCAGGUUUCAACAAUGCACACGAGCACUUUCACACAGAUUAUGAUAUCACAGCUGCUCCAGCAGUGGGGAGAAAAGGGUUUCUUGGAGCAUAUAGACAGGUAG